CUCUUUUUGCGGAAGCAACUUUUUCUACCUCCUUCUCGUCUACAGAAGUGUCUGUUCUCUCUCCGUCACUCUGUCGGUAACUUUCGCGUCGACUGGCCAGAGUCCGCGAGCUGUUCUCUCCACUCAUCUCUCCUUCCGUAUCAUCCCUCCAUCUCAGGGAACUACAGAGGCCUCUCAUUGGCUCAUCUCACUUUCUGGUUCUGCAUUGUCCCGAUUUGGUUAUGUCUUACCACAGCUUCUUGCUCGAGCCAAUCAGCUGCCACUCCUGGAACAAGGACCGGACCCAGAUUGCUCUGUGUCCCAACAACCAUGAUGUCCACAUCUAUAAGAAGGACGGGACCAAGUGGACCAAGAUUCAUGAACUGAAGGAGCACAACGGACAGGUCACAGGUAUAGACUGGGCUCCAGAGAGUAACCGUAUCGUGACCUGUGGGACGGACCGUAACGCGUAUGUCUGGUCUCUGAAGGGGGAGGUGUGGAAGCCCACCCUGGUCAUCCUCCGUAUCAACCGGGCUGCUCGCUGUGUCAGCUGGUCUCCCAAGGAGAACAAGUUCGCUGUGGGCAGCGGGUCACGCCUCAUAUCCAUCUGCUACUUUGAACAGGAGAAUGACUGGUGGGUCUGUAAGCACAUCAAGAAGCCGAUCCGUUCCACCGUCCUCAGUCUGGACUGGCAUCCUAACAACGUGCUGCUGGCGGCUGGAUCCUGUGACUUCAAAUGCAGGGUGUUCUCAGCCUACAUCAAGGAGGUGGAGGAGAAGCCCGGACCCACAGUGUGGGGGUCCAAGAUGCCCUUUGGAGAGGUGCUGUUUGAGUCUGGGCCCUCAGGGGUGUCUGGGGGGGCUGGAGAUGGGGCAGGAGGGGGAUGGGUCCACGGGGUCUGUUUCUCCCACAGCGGGAACCGCCUGGCCUGGACGUCACAUGACUCGACUGUGGCGAUCGCAGAGGGAGGCAAGACCAGCACGAUCAGCAGUCUGAGCUCUGAGACCCUUCCUCUGCUGUGUGUCAGCUUUAUCACUGAGAACAGCCUGGUGGCCGCUGGUCAUGACUGCUACCCGGUGCUGUUUGUGUAUGACGGUACUAAGGGCUCAGUAACGUUCGGAGGGAAGCUGGACGUUCCCAAGCAGACGUCUCAGAGAGGGAUCAGCGCCAGGGAACGCUUCCAGAACCUGGACCGCCGAGCCACCUCGUCCGAGACCACCGAGCAGGGCCUGGAGAGUCUGCACAAGAACAGCAUCAGUCAGAUCUCUGUGCUGGAAGGAGGGAAGAGUAAAUGUUCCACGUUCUGUACCACUGGGAUGGACGGAGGAAUGGUCACAUGGGACGUCAAGAGUCUGGAGUCUGCCCUGAAGGAUCUCAAGAUAGUCUGAUACCAUGACCCUCAGCCGACCAGCCGACCAGCCGGGAUAUGAAGAAAUCUCACCUCUUUGCCUUUCUGCUUCUCUGCGUCUGUCUGUCUCAGCUGCUGCUGGAGACAUCUCCUUUCUGUCUGUCUCUGUUGAGCAUCUGCUAGAAGCACGGCAGCCAUGA